UGUAGUAAAGAUGGGAAAAAUGGGGUCUUCGAUGACCUCUCUCUUUGUUACUCUUUUAGUGCUAGCACUCUCUCUCUGCUUGCCUUCAGAAACCACAGCUGACUACCGUUACUAUUCACCUCCACCACCACCCUACCACUACAAGUCACCUCCUCCUCCUCCUCCGGUUUACUCUCCGCCACCAUCACCCAAGAAGCCUUACAAGUACCACUCUCCUCCCCCACCAACUCCUGUUUACAAGUAUAAGUCUCCACCACCUCCUCCACCAGUGCACUAUCCUCCACCUCCUUACAAGUACAAGUCUCCUCCUCCUCCUCCCCCAGUUUACAAGUACAAGUCUCCCCCACCACCACCACCAUCACCACCCAAGCAUCCAUACAAGUACAAGUCUCCUCCCCCUCCCCCUCCCGUUUACAAGUACAAGUCCCCACCACCACCACCACCAUCACCACCCAAGCACCCCUACAAGUACAAGUCUCCACCCCCACCACCACCAGUUUACAAAUAUAAGUCUCCCCCACCUCCAAUGCACUAUCCCCCACCCACUUACAAGUACAAAUCACCUCCACCACCACCCCCAGUUUACAAAUAUAAGUCUCCACCACCUCCUUACAAGUAUAAGUCCCCCCCACCACCUCCUGUCUAUAAAUACAAGUCUCCUCCACCACCUCCUCCAGUGUACAAGUACAAGUCCCCUCCUCCUCCUCCUAAGGUGCCAUACAAGUACAAGUCUCCCCCACCACCUCCUCCAGUGUACAAGUACAAGUCCCCUCCUCCUCCUCCUAAGGUGCCAUACAAGUACAAGUCUCCCCCACCACCUCCUCCAGUCUAUAAUUACAAGUCUCCUCCGCCACCUCCUCCAGUGUACAAGUACAAGUCCCCUCCUCCUCCUCCUAAGGUGCCAUACAAGUACAAGUCUCCCCCACCACCUCCUCCAGUCUAUAAAUACAAGUCUCCUCCACCACCUCCUCCAGUUUACAAGUACAAGUCCCCUCCUCCUCCUAAGGAGCCAUAUAAAUACAAGUCUCCCCCACCCCCUCCUCCAGUUUACAAGUACAAGUCUCCUCCACCACCUCCUCCAGUUUACAAGUACAAGUCUCCUCCCCCUCCUCCUCCAGUUUACAAGUAUAAAUCUCCUCCACCACCACCAUCCCAUUACGUUUAUUCAUCACCCCCUCCUCCUCCCCACUACUAAGCAACGGCCAUGACGGUACCAAGGAGAGGAGAAAACUGUGAUCCCAAUAUGAGUGACAAAAAUGGUUUAAAGAAUUAUAAAGUGAGAGAUAGAAACUGGGAGCCUCAGCCUAGUCUCCGCGUUUGAAACGAAGAAAACAAUAAUAUUGUAGACAAGUAGUAGGGAAAAAAGGGGUUCAUCGUUUUCAUGUGUUUGACAGUUGUAUUAUUCGGACGUCCACCUAUUUCUUUCUACUUUAUUAUUAAAAAGAAAUGAAUCGUAUAUGUAUGUGUUUCCAACCUUUUGCAAAUGCAUGGGUUGAUCCGUAAUAAAAAUAAAUCCAUUCCUCAAAAAAAAAAAAUGGUCUACUUUUCUUUUUUUUUUUUUUUGUUUCUUUG